AUGGUAGAAGAGAAGUUCAUGUCACGUGACAAUGAAGGAGUAGAAGAGAUUCAGAAAAUACAAGAGGAAAAAGUGGCAGAGAUGGAAGCGAUUUUGGAAGCAGUAACUAAUAUUAAAAGAGCCUCGCAAUCAAUCCAGCAAACAUUCCACUCAGGGAGCCUUCGAGGAGAGAUGAUACAGAGAAAGGCUCAAAGGCCUAACAUGUUACCAGUUGCACCAUUUGAAUUGGACUACAGAUCAAAAGCAGUUGCAUGGAACAACUCCAUAUGCUUCUCCAUCAGAGGCCUGCCUCCCACUGACCAGUCCUUAAAAGCCUUGGGAAAAGUGGCUGUCAUAGCCUCUCUGGUGAACCUGUCUGAUCUCAGCGCCUACCCUGGAGCCCUGACUGUGGAUCUGGGUCCUCGUAGCCUGGGAUUUUUAUCUGGGGCCACUCGGGUUCAUCGGUUUCCUCUGCACCUGCGGGUCCUCUCCCUGUACCUCGACUCCCAGGUGAAGCCUGGGGGUGAGCUGGGAGGAGGCGGGACCGCGCUCUGCAGCCCGCGCGGUUUGAACGCAAGCACGCGGGCCCCAUUGGGUGAGCGUCGCCGCCGGGCGGAGCCAGGUGCUGCAUUCCUGCACCUUUGCUUAAGGUUAAGCCAGUCCAGAGCACAACCACCAGAAGACACAAGAAGGAAGCCAGUGUUGGGGAAACUUGGCACUCUUUUUACGGCUGGAAGGAGAAGGAACAGCAGGAACGGAUUAGAGAGUCCCACCAACUCAAACACCAAAUCGGCCUCUACUAAACUCCCUGAAACAGAGAGUGAGAAAAAUAAGGCUCAGGGCAGUCAACCAAAACCAACCAACGCGGGCUCGGGGCAAGAAGCAGAAGGCCAGCCUGCAGAGAGCUUUGUUCAGACUACCCCCUGCGACGCCGAACUGUCACCUUGCUCCAGCAGCAGUGUAGGGAUUGUGCAGCAGUGCCACGACAGUGAUUCAGUCCAAUUAGAACCUCUGCAGGCAGAGGGAGAGACUUUCCCAAAUGCCACCACCGCUGCCAAGGAGCUGCAUUCCUCACCGAAGAAUCGCUCGGGGCAGGAGAGCGCAGAGACGCUCGCCCGCAGUUCGGGGGAGGACGCGUUGCCAGGCGCUGCUGGCCUCCAACCAGAGACAGCGAGGGGUGUGUCGGGGUCCCCACCUGAGGAGCGCCUCGUGGGAGGACUUGGAGAGGCCCCCGACGGAGCCCCUGGCGUGGGUGCCGAAGCAGGCUCUCUGGGGACCUCUGGGGACGCGGUUGCUCCAGGUGAGUCUCCCUCCCUGGGCGCAGAGACCAGCCGCACAGCCCGCUCCAUCGACCGCGCGCAUCCCUCCAAAGUGCUAACUUUGGACAUCUACUUGAGCAAGACUGAGGUGGCGCAGGUGGACGAGCUGGUCCCUGUAGCUCCGGGGACAGACGAUUGCGACGAUUCGGACGACAUGGAGAGGAGG